AUGGCUUCCAGCAACGAGAUGGAGUACACUCGCCUCGGAAACUCCGGCCUGAAGAUCUCCAAGGUCAUCCUGGGCGCCAUGUCGUAUGGUUCCAAGAGAUGGCAGGACUGGGUCCUGGAUGAAGACGAAGCCCUACCAUUGAUUGAACAUGCUUACAAACGAGGCAUUAAUACAUGGGAUACGGCCGACGUCUAUUCCCACGGCCGUUCCGAGGAGAUCAUCGGAAAGGCACUCCAAAAAUACGAGAUCCCUCGCCAUCGUGUCGUCCUUCUGACCAAGUGUUUCUUCGGAGUCGAUGAUCAGGGUGGCAUGCCACCUAUCUCGGCCACCGGAUGCAACGACGGGGACUUCGUGAAUCGCGUCGGUCUGUCUCGGAAGCAUAUCUUUGACGCUGUGGACGCUAGCGUCAAGAGACUGGGUACUUACAUCGACGUGUUGCAGAUCCAUCGAUUGGAUCGUGAGACACCUCGGGAGGAGAUCAUGAGGGCUCUUAAUGAUAUAGUGGAAAGUGGGAAAGUUAGGUACAUCGGAGCGAGUACGAUGGCCGCAUGGGAAUUCCAAACCCUCCAGAACAUCGCCGCGCGAAAUGGCUGGCACCAAUUCAUCUCCAUGCAGAACUACCACAAUCUACUAGCCCGCGAGGAAGAGCGCGAGAUGAUCCCCUACUGUCUGGACACGGGCGUGGGCCUGAUCCCCUGGUCCCCGAUGGCGCGUGGCGUGCUUGCUCGGCCGUGGAAUUCGCGCUCCACCAUUCGGGAGUCGACGGACGGGGCGCUGAAGCUGUUGGUCCGAAGCCGCGAAACCGAGGCCGAUCAGGCGAUCGUCGAGCGUGUCGAGCAGGUUGCGAAGCAGAAAGGGAUCAGCAUGGCCCAGGUGGCUAUUGCAUGGUCGUUGAGUCAUUCCAGUGAGAAUCCCAUCCUGGGCCUGAAUAGCAAGGAAAGGAUCGACGAGGCUGUAGCGAGCGUCAAAGUGAAGCUGACCGAGGAGGAGAUUAAAUUCUUGGAGGAGCCGUAUAUCCCCAAGGCGUUGUCUGCUCUGGAGCGGUAA